CAAGAACCUGAGGUGGUUUAGCAGUCCAACAUUUACUCCUUGCAUACUUUCACUAUGAUUUAAUAAAUAAUAAAAUGUCCAAUGUGUGCCAAUUAAAUAACUGGGAGUGCAGUGAUUUUUCCGACCUUGCUUGUUUCAGUCGGUUCGGUUCUUUUCGAAAGGCGAUCAUGAUUCCAAGUAUUUCUUCUUGAAGAGCAUCUGCGUACUCUCAAUGGUAGAGCCGUGAUCAGUAGGGACAUUGUUGCGAUCCUCAAAAAUUGCUUAUCUUAUUGGAGCCUUCCGCUUUUAAGAUGAGCAUCGAUGUUCGAAGAAUGGCCCGCUCCAUGGAAACAUUCCUACACGACAAACCCCUCAACACGAUUUUCUACGAGCACUCGUCCCAUCAGGGCAUCCUUUUAGAUGGUCUGAACUCGCUAUGGCAGAAAGGGGAGCUUCUGGAUAUCUCCCUCAUUGUAGAAGGGAGAGUAUUCCGAGCGCAUAGAGCGGUACUGGCUGCUUGCAGCGACUACUUUAGAGCCAUGUUCACCGAUAAUAUGUUGGAAGCCCGGCAAACUGAGAUCUGCUUAAAUGGAAUCAGUGCUCGAGGUUUUCGUCAACUAUUGGAAUACGCCUACACUGCCCGCUUAGCCCUUAACUUAGCCAACGUCCAGGACGUCUUGGCAGCUGCUUCCCAUGUCCAGAUGGUCAACUGUAUCAUCGCCUGCUCAAAUUACUUGCAAUCCCAGAUUGAUAUAGAUAACUGCGUCGAUAUUGCAACCAUUGCAGAGACAUACUCGCUAAAAUCGCUCAAACUCAAGGUGUACAGGUUCAUGAGUGGCCACUUGCUCGAAUUCUCCAACAGUGCCGAAUUUUAUAGAUUAUCCUCAGUGCAGUUGGAGAAUCUUCUCUCCUAUGAUUUUCCAGUAGAUUGUUCGGAGGCAGAUGUCCUCAAGAUCGUUGUUGAUUGGUUUUUCCAUAUAGAUAGUAAGGAUUUGGAUGUCUGCAUAGGAGACGCGGGACGCAUGAUGAAGUUCAUCCAUUUCAAGGAAAUUUCCAGCAAGAAGCUGGAAAACAUCCUGCAUGUGUGCCUGCAGGACCGAAGGCUGCAAAGCCCGGUCUGGCCGAAAAUAAUCUUGCACGAAGCCUUUGCCCAAACCAACGGCCACUCAGUGUCGCUAACUAGGUCCUAUGGAGUGUUGCUUAAUUCAAGGGGAAUGGAACAAGCAAUCCUUAAAAUCGGCGGUUUUGGUAUGAGCGGAGUUACCAACGAAAUCACUUACUGCUUUUCCUGGCAAAGGAAAUGGAUGCAUUUGACCUCAAUUCCCCAUGUAGAGCAGUGCAACUAUGGCACCGCCGUGUUUAACAAUGAGCUGUAUAUAGUUGGGGGAUGUUUCAACCAAUCGCUGCAGGAAAACAUACAUCCGUUCGGCUUCAAGUACAACCCCCGGUCAAACAAGUGGACGACAAUGUCGCCGAUGAAGAUUGAACGAUGCAGGUUCAGUUUAAAUGUGAUCGGGGGAUUGUUGUAUGCAGUUGGGGGCAUCAGUGAAGAAGAACACUAUGAAACCAGCACCUGUGAAUGCUACAAUCCCAGCCGAGAUACGUGGCAUAUGAUGCCAGAUCUUCCCGCCCAUAUAAGCCAGCAUGCUGGCGCAGGAAUCAGUGACUUGAUGGAAAGUCGACUCUAUAUCAGCGGGGGAAUAGAUCGGGACAAUGUAUGUGUGUCUAGCGUCUACUGUUUCGACGUAAAAUCGGAACGCUGGACACAGUGCGCUCCUUUGCUCAAUCCGAGAGCUGAUCACGUCAUGUUGGCCAUAGGAAAGUGUUUGUACGUAUGCGGAGGGUGGACCUCGGAUGAGAACAACAGAGUUUUGGUGAACACGAUUGAAUUUUACUGCCCUGAAAAAGACGUGUGGGAGGUUGUGACCAAGAUUCCCACUCCUCGUUACCAUGCCGGAAUAGUACUGGUAGAUACCAAGAUAUACUUCAUCGGCGGCUUCCAGAGUGAUACAAUGAUCGAUAAAUAUACUGCUAAUAUCGAGUACUACGACAUCGAGAAGCGAACGUGGACAGUGGAGAGCAAAUAUCCUCAAGAUGUUUGGGAGCAUACAUGCGUCACGUUGUGCAUACCCAAGUAUCGAGACGAUAUGGAAGUGAUUCCCACUGCAGAGAGCUUCGUUUAGCGACCGCUGUUAAUUAUGGUUGGCUUCAAGGUAUAACCGUUUAAUUGUUCUUGUUCCAGGCGUUGAAAAGUGGUUCCUCUUUCGUUUGGUUGUGUAAAUGGCUUCUAAGGAUCAACGCGCAUUGCAACGACGCGAACUGACGCGGCGUGAAGAGAACAUUUUCCAUUGAUUUUCAUAGAAAACUGUGCUGUGUGUCCAUUUCGUUUUGAAAAUUUGCUAAUUUUGACCACUAGUUUCAAGAAAUUUCCACAGAUUAGAUAAAUUAUCCGAGCUUUCUUUGCCUUUUCCAUAUCAGAAGCAUCCACUUUUUGACUAUGAGCUGCUAAUAACUGUCCAUUAUGCGGACAUUUUUCCACCUUGCUUUGCUUCGCUUCGAGUCGUUGCAAUGUGUGCUGGUUUAAACUCUUCCCAAUAGUCUUGCCCUUGAUAUGCUAGUUUAACGAUAUUCGGCACUCUGUGAUGCGGUUAUUAGAUUUUUUACCUUUAAGGAGGCGGCUGUUUGUUGUCUUGGGACGUUAUGUAUAAUACACUUUAACUUAUU